AUGGCCGGACCGAACAAAGCACUCGAAUUACAGAUGCAAAUGCGGCAGAAUGCAGAAGACCUGCAAAGCUUCAUGAAGGAUCUGGAGACCUGGGAGAGUGACAUGAAGACCAAAGAUGAGCAAUUGAGGCGAGGAAUCCAAGGGGACACACGGGCAAACCUUCCUCCUGUGCGAAACAAGGACUACAAAGCAAAAAUGAAGGCGAAGAAGAUGAAGAUGGCCAACGGUGACUCCAAAGCAGAUGAGACAGAUGCCACUAAACCGCCGAGGAUCAAAUCGAGUGAUUAUCACUCAUGGGACAAGUUUGAUGUGGACAAGGCUUUGGAGGAGGUGGAUAAGGAAGAAAGUCCUGAUUCAGACUCAGAAGAAGCUGAUGUAGAGCGUGCUUUAGCAGAGAAGGAGAAGGGUAAUGCGUUUUUCAAAGAAGGCAAAUACGACGAUGCCAUUGAAUGUUACUCCAGAGGAAUGGCCGCCGAUCCUUACAAUCCUGUUCUUCCUACGAACCGAGCCACUGCUUUUUACAGACUCAAGAAGUUCGCCGUGGCCGAAUCCGACUGCAACCUAGCCAUCGCUUUGGACGGCAACUACUUCAAAGCAUACGCGCGACGAGGAGCCGCCCGAUUCGCGCUGAAGAACUACGACGCAGCUUUAGAAGAUUACCAAACUGUUCUCAAGCUCGACCCGGGCAACCUCGAAGCACAAAAUGAAGAGCGGAAAAUCAAGGAGAUACUUGGACUCCGAGAACCGAGGGACGAAACGCCGCCUCGGUCAGAUUCCGUCAUUGAAUGUGAGCGGCGAAGAGUGACGGAGGAGCAGCAACAACGACAGGAAGCAGUCGUGCAAAAAGACAGAGGGAAUGCGUACUUCAAAGAAGGCAAAUACGAAGCAGCCGUGGAAUGUUACAGUCGAGGCGUGGAAGCGGACCGUACCAACGUGCUGCUUCCCGCCAACAGAGCCAUGGCCUAUCUCAAGCUGGAAAGAUUCAAAGAAGCGGAAGAAGACUGCACAACGGCGAUAUCUUUAGACGACACGUACUCCAAGGCGUUCGCAAGACGAGCUACUGCUAGAGUGGCGUUGGGGAAACUGGAGGAAGCCCGAAAAGAUUUCCAAGAAGUUUUGAAGCUCGAACCAGGGAACAAGCAGGCCCAGACUGAGCUCCAGAAACUUCCAAAAGACGUCGUCCUCCAAAUAUCCGACAGCUCCCAAAGGCGAACGGUGCAACCUGUGGACAAACCGGCUCACCUGCGCUCCACUAAACCCAUGAAGAGAAUCGACAUCGAGGAAGUGAGCGGGAAAGCGCCGUCCCCUAAUGUGAAGAUGAUUGAAAUCGAGGAAAUAACAGACCCACCACCCGAAAACACCACCGUAACAAAUCUCCCACCUCCACCAAGCAAAGCUUUCCAACUGGAAGCCGACCUGCGCGCGAUCGGAAACCAGCCGGAAGUGCUUUACGCGUACCUCAAGCAGAUCAAACCUGAGUCGUACGCGCUCAUUUUCCAGAGCUCCCUCGAACCUAACAUCCUCAGUCAGAUCCUGCAGACAAUCCGGGAUUUUUACACCAAGAACGAAUCUGCAACCGUCACUGUGGACAUCCUCGAGAGUCUUUCAAGCGUCAGGCGCUUCGACACGGCCGUCAUGUUUAUGUCUGCCUCGGAAAAGAAAGUGCUUAGAGACGUGUUCGACUUCCUCCACCAAGCGGACGUGGACGCAUCAUCUGUUGCUACGUUACAGAAGAAGUACGGCGUGUGA